AUGAAAAAAUUACCUAGUAGUUAUUUGGAGCCUAAAAUAUUUGAUAACAAAUACAUCAUCAAAUAAAAAUUGAGUUCUGGGUCUUUUGGAAUUGUUUAUUUGGCAAUUCAUAAAGUUACACGCGAAGAAGUGGCUGUGAAAUUGGAAAAAGGAGAAUAAGAAACAUUGGAUAGAGAAGUCUACUUGCUCACUAAAUUGUAAGGCGUCUAAGGUAUUACUAAACUUUACUGGUUCGGAAGUGAGCAAAACUAUAAUGUUAUGGUCAUCGAAAUCCUUGGCAAGGAUUUAGGAUAUUAUAUAAAACAAUACAAGCAAUUAUCAUUGAAAACUGGCUUACAAUUAUUGGAAUAGCUAAUAACAAUAUUUAGUUUUGUACACAACAAAGGAAUUGUUCAUAGAGAUUUAAAACCUGAAAAUAUAAUGAUGGGUAAAAUCAAUUCAGCACAAGCAUUUUUAGUUGAUUUUGGAGUUUCUAAAUAGAUUUUCGAUCAGGGAAAGCAUAUGUAAAUUCCUUUUCGAGAUAAAAAGUCAUUUAUUGGAACAACUCGAUAUGCUUCAAUUGCAGCUCACAGAGGAUAUGAAAUCGGCAGAAAAGAUGAUCUAGAAUCUCUUAUGUAUGUUAUUAUAUAUCUUAUAUUGGGCAAAUUACCUUGGCAAAAUCUGUAAAAUAUUGGAGAUAAAGACAGAACGAUUGUUGUUGGAGAAGUCAAGAUGUAAACAACAAUCUCGUAACUCUGUAAAGAUUUGCCUACGGGUUUCUCAGAAUAUCUGAAUUAUUUAAAAGGGCUUAAGUAUUAAGACAAGCCUGAUUAUGAUUUAUUAAAGAAAAUUAUGAGACAAUGUUCAGAUGCAAAUUCUUAUGAUAAUUAAUUCGAAUGGACUGAUAAAAUACCAGAGAAACCUGGAGAAACUAAAUAAUAAAGUUCUUUCUUAGCUGUUCCGAGUGGUUUAAAUGAUCAACAAAGAUAAGGCACAAAAAAAUAAUCUUAUAUGGGUUCUCAAUCUUCUAAUAUAGUUAAAUAUAUUCCGUCUUAUCAAGAAGCAAUACCUAUUAAAUCUUAACCUCAAAAAAUCAUAGUAAGUCAACCUCAUAUCGAUGUCUUAAAAUAAAUUGAUACUGUCGACUUUGAUGACAUUGAAGAAAACAUGAAAAAUUACCCCACUUUAGAAUAAAAAUUUUUGAGAUUAAAAGAAUUUGAUGCGAAAUUCAAGGAUCAAUGCAUAUCUCAUUCUGCAAUUCAUGUUUUCGAUCAUUGA